UACCACAGACUCCAAGCAGGCAAAUAUCAGAUUAAAUCUUCUGCGCUUUGUGAGCAGCUGAACAUCGGGGAUGCCAAAUUAACAACUCGUGUUUGUGCAGGAAAUGUAAAUAGCAUUUUUUACAGUUUAAACAUAUAACAUCUUAUGCCUAUAUUGAUUCUUGCUACUUCAACCACCUAAUCUCUAUUAUCAUAUUUCACGUGAUACAGACCUUUCUUUUCUUCAUUCUGUGGUCGGCUCUUCCGUUCUGAAUCUCAUUUGCAAGUAAACAUGUUUCCUGUUCUUAAGUAUCAGGUCUGCUGUCUGCAUACAGUUGGGUUAUACUGAUUUUUCUAUACAGAUCUGAAUUAAUCGUGAAUCGGACUCAAAUAUAUCAGGAAUAUAUUUUGUCUGGGUCCAUGACAGUUUCAGUUUUAAUUUUCUCAUAAUCAGUUGGUCUUCAUCUUUCUUUCUAUACCAAACAAACAACAAGAUGGCAUCGAUAUCAAGAGGAGAGCAAAGUGAAGAUUCAGAUAGGCUCCCACUCAUUAGUCACGAUCAACAAAGAGAUACACAACAGUAUGGCACAAUCACUGGAUCCACUGGCUCCGCUACAGAGCUUAGAUUUAUUAUGUUCUGCGGUGAUGAAGAUCUUAUGGAUGAUGCAUGUGACAUCAUUCUUAGGGAAAGAGCGAGAAGACAUCAAAUAAUGCACAGAAAAGGCCAUGUCUUUGGCAAAAAGGUCACUGUGGUGAAAACACCCUCUACCUGGAUGAGUCAUGUGGCAACACUCUGUCCCUUCUCCUCAAGAGUCGAAUCUAUCAAAGAUGAGAUGGAAGAUUGUGCAUCUCUGGUCUUUCCUGGACCUCAUGCAUUUCUAUUAGUUACUGACAGCAUGAAAGUGACUGGGAAGGAAAAAUACCUUUUAAAAGCAAUCGCUAAAGUAUUUGGCAAAAAAGCCUUAGACUAUGUUAUGUUACUGAUUAUUAGAAGAACUGAACUGGAAGGGAUUGAUAGUGUAAGGGAAUACGUGAGAAAGUUUUAUACGUUAGAGGACACUGAGCAAAGUGUUCAAAGUCUGUUCAGAGAAACUGAAAUAAUGACACAAAACAAUGAGUCCACUUUCUUUAUUCAGCCAUCAUAUGAAAACCUCAUGAAAAAGGCAUUUUUAUCUUGGGAAAAUGAAAGAGAUGCUGAAAUACAAAAACAGCAUGAACAAGAGAUGACUGAUUUAAAAGAAAGAUUCAGACUAACUGAAAGUAAUUUAAAGAAAGAAAUUGACACUUUGAGAGAGUUAAUCCUGGCAACUAUGAUACGGCUAAAGAAAUACAAAGACAGCGAGGAGCAGAACCAGCAAGAGGCUUCAGGAGCUCGAGAAGAUCUGCUGUUCAAAGAAUGUAGCGACACUACCUUAAAAAACAUGUUUCCAUCCAUCAUUGAUGAUUUUACUGAAUGUGAGGAUGCACUGAAAGAACAGCUUGUGGAUUGUAAAGAGAAAGUGAGCACAUUGAAGGAUAUGUAUUCAUCCUUGACUGAUGAUUAUGUUCAUCAUGAAAGUCAGAUGAAGAGUGAAAAUGAGAAGCUCCAGAGAGAACUAGAGCAACACAAACUCAAAGAAAGAGAGUGGGAACAAAAACUCAAGGAAGUGGAGGACGGAUUAAGACUGGAGACAGAUCUGAGGAGAAGAGAGAAGGAACUGGAGUCCAAAGAGAGAGGAACGACAAAGAAAGAGCAAGAAAUCCAGACUACUGGAGAGGAGCAUCAUCUACACAGCAACAUAGAGCUAACUUCUCCUGGCUUAUCUCAAGAACAACACAGAUCUCUAGAUAAAGGAGAAGGAGAGUUAAACAAAGAUGAAGAUUCACGUGACAGUGAAUCACUUGAGUUUGGAAAACCUGUGAGAUUCAACAGUAACCCAUUCGCACCACCUAAUAUGACUGAAAGUGAACAUGGACCUCUAGACACUCUCUGAAUGAACAGACUUCAAUUGAAAAGCAUUAAGUUUCCAUUGAUUUCUCACUUCAUUUAAAAAAUAUUCAACAGAUGGCUCAAAAUGCGCCAGAGGUCAAAUAUCAAGAAUACAUGCAUGUGUGAAACACAACACAGAACACAAGCUGGAUGAAACAACAACUAUGAAAACAUGCUUAUUAAGAGAAAGAUGAAGAUGUCAUGUCAUUUUGAAACAUUUCAUCAUCUUUUACAUUGUUGUAUAUGUACAAACAUUUAAGAAUAUUUAAAUCUGUUAUUUAUGUUUCCAUGUGUUGAAGAGUCGAGGAGAAGCUCCAUAAGUAUUAUAAAUGCACCUGCUUUAUGAGUAAAUGUAAGAGUGAAAUAUGUGUGUUUCUCAGACGAUUAAACAGACUUCCUCAAAAGAGUAGUUGAUGCAGUUGGCAACUAAAAUGAGGGGGGGGGGGGGGGGGGGGCUAUGAUUCCCAACCGCAUUGAUUUGUUAAAUGCUGUCUUUUUACAGCAAUUAUACCCCAAAAUAUAAAUGCUCAUAUUUAGCCUUUAUGUUGUACAAGUGCUACUAAAAUCAUUAAAAUGACAGGUAGGCCUAGAUUCUGAUAUAAUACGUAAAUAUAUAGUUCUGUUUAAUAGCUGGCAAGACAAUCUUAAAAUACUGCAUAAUAAAGAAUAAGUAUUUAAUUCAAAAUACUCUCAUGAAUGCUGGUCCUGGAAGGUGAAAAACUAUGUAAUGCAGUGUCGCCACCUGCUGGAAAAUAUGAUUUAUUAGUCUAAUGGUCUAAUAGCACCAUCUAGUGAAAAAGAGUAGUAUUACACGCUGCAUAUUUAAAGGGAUAGUUCACCCAAAAAUGAAAGUUAUGUCAUCAUUUACUCACCUUCAUGUUACAAACCUGAGUUUCUAUUCCUCUAAAAACAAACAAAAAUAAAUUAAUUUUGAG